GCAGAAUCGUUCAUUCUCCGUUCAUAUGGUCAUAACAGUGGGACAAAGGGCUGAAUAUGUGCGGUAUUUUUAGAGCGCAGUCACACGGAGGCGGAGCACGGAUGCCUCACGGCCAAGGAUGCGAGAGUCAAACAGCAGGUGGAGACUGACUGCUGAAGGAUAGAACCAGACGAGAAGCGACCACAUAAUCUCAAACACAUUCGAUGACGAAGAGGGGAAAUAUCGGUGACCUGAUAUGCUUUAAACGAGUGGGACCUGAUAGCGUGAACCAUGGUGGACCCAUUGGAACCUGAUGACCAGAGUAAAUUCAGAGGGGCCCAGUUUGAAAGCCCCGCUGCAGCCUCUGAAGCACCAUGUCUACCUGAGCCAGGUGAUGAUAGAGAGAAAGAUGUUAGUGUGGAUUCCAGCCCACAGACAGAGCCCAGUACUGAACCUGUACCUAGCUCUCAAGAACCAUGCCAGCAGCAAAACAGUCAACCAGAAGAGCAAAAACUACAUCUGGACCUUUACAAUUUCGACUCACCAGCUGCAGAAGGCAGUCGGUAUGUACUGACAAGCCCUCGCUCUCUCGAGGCAUGCGCACGAUGUGGACUGAAACCUGUGGAGCUUCUGCCUCGUCCACUGUCUGAUUUUGCCCGUGAAGCACCUGGCCGGAGUAUGCGUGUCGCCACAGGAAUGUUUGAGAUAUAUGAGCGGGAUAGACAUGCUAAACUCCGACACUGCAGAGAGGAGAGAGAGCGAAUUAUCAGAGAGGAGAAGAGGAGAAUUCUGCAGGCAGCUCUGAACAAUAAUGCUGGUCCACUGGCUUCAGAGAAGUCACGGGAAACUGUAAAUACUGGAUUGUCUCAACAAACCAAUAAUAAUUUAACAAAUCCAGCCCCCAAAAUAACACCCACUUACAGUGGUACACCUAAAAAACAAUUUACAUCAACUACCCCUAAAAGCAUGACAGCAGGUUCAGGACAAGUUACUACAGUGUCCACAUCCAGUUCUCCUCCAAAAGUCAGUCCAGUGAACUCUGCUUCUACCGCUAAAGGAACUUCUGCAAAAAAGUCUAAGUCCCUUGAAGCAGAAUCUGGGGGAAAACCUCAAGGUCCAAAACCUUCAAUAAUCCAACGAUCGAUUCAGUCAGCUCCAGGAGGUCAGGGCUCAAAAAAACCCUCCAGCGUCCCUACAAAGGCUCCAAAUACUUUCCCCAGAUCAGUAACAAAACCUUCUUCCUUUCCAAGGACACCAACUUCACUUGCCCCAAUAGUGUCAAAAUCUGCUGUCCAAAGUCCUGCCAAUGGCAUCACAAGUACGUUUGCACAGCACAAUGGGAACAUCUUCUCUAAAUCAAAGGCUAGAUGCAGAAGCCACUCAUUGGAGUCUUUGCAGCGCAGACGUGACACGUUUUGUUCCUCUACUGCUUCAACAACAAACACCACAACUACCACAUGUACCUCCUCUGAAUCUGCUUCCUCAUCCUAUAGCUGGGAAGGGGCAAGAGAUCACUGGGCUAAGACAUCAAGCCCUCGUGCCCGGACUUUAGCUACCUUUAACUCCCUGAUGGGUCGCAGUUUGAGCUUGGGAGAUCUUAGCCACUCUCCACAGACUAUGCAAAAAGUGGAGCGCAUUGUGAAAGAAGUGAAACGGCGAGGACUUAAAGCUGUCCCAGAACGAGACAGAAAGAUUGCUGCACUAAUGCUAGCCAGGUACCAAGAGGAGGACAUAAUGAGCCAGACACGCUACGUAGCACACCUGCAAUGGGACAGUGAGCGCAGACUAGAGGAGCUCCGAAGGGAACGUGAAGAACGGGAGAAACAGAGGGCUGUGCAGCAGUGCCAGCGUGCCUGGCAGUCACAGGUUUCUACCCGACAGCGCUGGCUUAACCAGCAGGAGCGUGAUGUGGCAGAAGCUAAACUUCGCCAAGCAUUGGAAAGUGAGGAGCGUUGGAAGGAACUGGCUGAGCAACAAGAACGCAGCCGGUUGCAGAAACUGCAACAGACUGCUCGUGAGGAGAAACACAAGAAGGCAUUACAAGAACAGAACCUUAAAUCUCUCGAGGAGGAGCGUGCUGCUAUUCUUGAGCAAGAGAAACUGCUCCUUAAGGAGAAACUGACCAUCGCUGAGCUGAAGCGACAGGAGCGAGAGCACCAAAUUCAAGAGGAGCGUCGUGGACUCAACCGUGCCGAGAAGAGGCGCCAUGCAGCUCUUAUCCAAGAGAUUGCACGCCGAGAAGCGGACGAGCGUGAAGAAGCACGGAGAACAGCUGAAGAGAAGUUAAGUAGGUCUUUGGAAAACUAUGAGCAAAUACAAGAAAAACGUGGGCAAGAGUUAAAGGAGAAAGCUAAGCGAGAAGAGAAGCAGAUCCAGAAAGCAAGACGGGCCGCUGAACUACGUGAGCAACAGCAGAAGGAACAGAUGGAGGCAAGGGCUAGGGAGGCUGAAAGACGUGCACAACAAGCCACUCAAAUAGCUGAAGAGAGGGCACGGGAAAAGGCCCAACGUGUGGUUCAAAGCAGGCAGGAAAAAGAACGACUCCAAAGGCUUAAUCGUCAACGCGUAGAGGAGGAGGAGAAACAGCGCCGCCUAGAACUGUUGCAGUCCAUUGAGCGCAAACUGGAAAAAAGUGAACAGAUUUUCAGAGAAAAACGGGCAGUUUUGGAAAGUGCCCGAUCCGUGGCGCGUGCAUCUUUCCACGUGCGCGAUCGUGUUCGUGAAGAGACAAACAUGCGCACCUUUGACAAGAUGGCCCUGGAGGCUCAGUUAAAAGCAAAUUUAGUUGAGAAGUGAUCACUUCAUCUGUGCAACUUAAUAAUUACUCUCUCCAUGCACAUCUGUCUAGAAAUAAGUUGAGCUUGAGCCUACAUGCUAGCCUCAUCGCCAAACUACAGCAACAAUAUUGAUGGUCAUGCCCUUAAGUCUUGUAUUUAAAGAUUCAUUUAUUCCUGAUGCUGGAUCAUUUUCAUCAUGUAAUUUAAAUAAAUAUUUUUCUGUAUUUAUAUAUUUAAAAUUUUAAUCUAAGAACUUUGUGCUUAUGUGUGUAUGAUUAUAUGUCGGGGCAUGUUUUUUUUUUUUGUUUUUUUUUUGUAACUUGGCAUCCAUGUUGCUUUGAGAACUGUAUAUAAUGAGUUCAUUGUUUACAAGGAAGUUUGACACUAUGGUGGCAGUGAUGGCUUCUUUCUAAGGGUAGCUUUAUUCCUUAGAAAAAGAAAAGGAAAAGGGGAUGGGAUGGGAUGGGAUGUUUCUCCCACAGCAAAUCUUUUGAGGGAGACUCUUCUUUUAGGAAUCUUGGCCAUAGGAGAGUGAGCCAUGACUUGACUGUGUGUAAACCAAACUCUAGCUAAAUGCUGACUGAGCAUUACAUCCUAGAGUCAGGACAUGACAAAGAAUGAUGUCAGCACAGCCUAACUGCUGAAGAAGCACAGGAGUCUCUGGUCAGCAACAGACCAAUCAGGGCUUAAAUCCAUUCUGACAUCCCCUGCAUUACUUCAGGUUUGGGAGUGGAGAAGAUGAUGAUGUUGGCAUCUGUGACCUGAUUCAGUAAAAAUAACCCCCAAGAGACUGCAAAUUUCACUUUGAUCACAGAUCCUUAUUCCCUUUCCGGCAGUGACUCAGCUAGGCAUGACGUAAUUGGAAGGUUUAAUAAACACUAAAGCCAUUUUAAUUCCAGCACAUCCAGAUGGCAUAUCAACACCACUUUUAAUAUCAUAAAAGCCCAAAGAAACAAUUUAAUUUGAACAAUUUCAUAUUGUAUCAUGGGUUAAACUUGAGGGCUUUUUAAAUAGAAGCAGAAUCGUGCUGAAAAGGAACCAAGCUAAUAAUCUCAGUUUCAUGAGAAAAAAAAAAAAAAAUGAAUCUGAAUGUAAUUCAUAAAGCUUUUUGGGAUAAUUACAGAUUAAUAAACAGAUUGUUUUGUUAAAAUGUUUUAUUGUUUCUUUUGUUUUAAGUGUAAAAGUAUAUCUCAUCAAAUUGUUAUACUUUUUUUUUAAUUGCAAUGAAAAUGUUUUCUGUAGGCUACAGAUGGUUCAUAUCUAGUUUAUUAAAAAAAUGAAAUGCAGGGUAAUGCUUUACUUGAGAACCAACAAUUCAGUUUUGAAAAUGGCAUACUGUAUUUAAAUAAAUAAAUAAAAAUUAAAUCUGAAUUAUUUAGUUGUGUUAUGCUUCUGGACAUAAU